AUGACGACGACGUCGUGCCGCUAUCCCGCCUGCCCGCCGUGCAACGGAGCCAUCGCGGGGGCGGCCCACCGGCCCGAGGCUCAGCCCCCGACACGCAUUUCGGUGAAUAACCCUUCUUGCCUCAAGCCGGCGGGGAAGAGGGGACCGGUGAGCUCCCCACCGGCGACUUUGAGCAAGAAGCCGCGCACAACCCCUGGCACGAGCGGGGGAAGCCCCCAAGUCGGGACGGGGGGCGCGGUGACGACGGCAACAGUGGGUGGGGGCGACGUCGCCCACACCAUAAGCAAGGCGGCGGCCCCGGGAGCAGGACUGGGAAAUGUUGUCGGGGCCUACCUAGCAACGGACGACGGCGGACGCCAAGAGGCGACCCACACAGAGGGAGGGGACACGGAGCAAGCCCCUUCUGCUGCCGCCACUGCGGGAGCAGGGACCGCAGAACUCAUCCCAGGGGGCACCGCGGCCGAUGCGGAAGCCGCCCCUGAGGUGACGGUGGAGCAACUCUCCACCGGGCAGAGCGGGGGUGGAGGGGCCUCUCCCGGCAGCCAAGCCACCGACCCGAUGGUGACCGGGGAGGCAGCGGCCACCGGGUCCGAGCCUCUCGACCGUGUCGCAACGGAGGCCAGCCGUGAGCAACCACCCAGCCCCCAAGCAGAGACAAGGGACGAGCUCGCAGCAGGCGGAAGCGGGGGAAUGCGCUCGCCUUUGCCGACACUCAAGGAGGUGGUGCGGUCACAGACUGUGGCCGCGGGAGCCUCCUCAAGUAUCGGGGCGAUCGCAGGGGCAGAUCCAGCAGUUGCUCAACUAGGGGAGCAGGCCACGGCAGCCCAAGCUGCGGCGAUACGAGCCGCGUCCCGGGAGAAGGAGUUGCACGAGCAGCUCCAAACCCGGGAACGCGAGUUCCAGGAGCAGCUCAAGGCUGCGACCGACGCCAACAAGGCCCUCAAGGGCGAGCUGGACGUCGCCCGGAACGAUUUUCGAUACCUUGACGAGGAGAACUCGGAGAAAGCGGCGAAGAUUUCCAAGCUGAAGGACGAGCUCAGGGGCCAGAAGGCCAAGAUCGAGCUCGCCAGCCGCAACCACGCGAAGCUCGGGAGCCAGCGCUAG